GCUCGCGGGGGACGUGUGCGGGCGUCUCCGCCAUCUUGUGAGUCUAUAACUCGGAGCCGUUGGGUCGGUUCCUGCUAUUCCAGCGCCUCCACUCCGUCCCCCGCGGGUCCGCUUGGUGUGCCAUGGACGGCAUUGUCCCAGAUAUAGCAGUUGGUACAAAGCGGGGAUCUGACGAGCUUUUCUCUACUUGUGUUACUAACGGACCCUUUAUCAUGAGCAGCAACUCGGCUUCUGCAGCGAAUGGAAAUGACAGUAAGAAGUUCAAAGGGGACAACAGAAGUGCUGGUGUACCCUCCAGAGUGAUCCACAUCCGCAAACUCCCAAGUGACGUCACUGAGGGAGAAGUCAUCUCCCUGGGGCUGCCCUUCGGGAAGGUGACCAACCUCCUAAUGCUGAAAGGGAAGAACCAGGUAUCUGCUGCCCUGGCAAGCCUGGGUUCCCUCACUGUGAUCUGUGGGCAGGCAUGGGUGGGGUGGCUUAUCCCAAGGCUCUGGCCCACUCACAGCCUCUUCUCACAGGCCUUCAUUGAGAUGAAUACUGAGGAGGCUGCCAACACCAUGGUCAACUACUAUACCUCAGUGACUCCUGUGCUGCGUGGCCAGCCCAUCUACAUCCAGUUCUCCAAUCACAAGGAGCUCAAGACCGACAGUUCUCCCAACCAGGCGCGGGCCCAGGCAGCCUUGCAGGCAGUGAACUCAGUCCAGUCAGGAAAUCUGGCUUUGGCUGCCUCAGCUGCUGCCGUGGAUGCAGGGAUGGCAAUGGCUGGGCAGAGCCCUGUGCUCAGGAUCAUUGUGGAGAACCUUUUCUACCCUGUGACCUUGGAUGUGUUGCACCAGAUCUUUUCCAAGUUUGGCACAGUUUUGAAAAUCAUCACCUUUACCAAGAACAACCAGUUCCAAGCGCUGCUGCAGUAUGCAGACCCCGUGAGCGCUCAGCACGCCAAGUUGUCCUUGGACGGGCAGAACAUCUACAAUGCCUGCUGCACUCUGCGUAUCGACUUCUCCAAGCUCACCAGUCUAAAUGUCAAAUACAACAACGAUAAGAGCCGGGACUAUACUCGCCCAGACCUGCCCUCUGGGGAUAGUCAGCCCUCGCUGGACCAGACCAUGGCUGCCGCUUUCGGUGCACCUGGUAUAAUCUCAGCCUCUCCGUAUGCAGGAGCUGGUUUCCCUCCCACCUUUGCCAUUCCUCAAGCUGCAGGCCUUUCUGUUCCUAAUGUUCAUGGAGCCCUGGCCCCCUUGGCCAUUCCAUCGGCGGCGGCGGCGGCGGCAGCAGCAGGCCGGAUUGCUAUCCCAGGCCUGGCAGGGGCUGGAAACUCUGUCUUGCUGGUCAGCAACCUCAACCCCGAGAGAGUCACACCCCAAAGCCUCUUUAUUCUUUUCGGCGUUUACGGUGACGUGCAGAGGGUGAAGAUCCUGUUCAACAAAAAGGAAAAUGCCCUGGUGCAGAUGGCCGAUGCGAACCAGGCCCAGCUGGCCAUGAGCCACCUGAGCGGGCACAAGCUGCAUGGAAAGCCCAUCCGAAUCACACUAUCAAAGCAUCAGAAUGUGCAGCUGCCCCGUGAGGGCCAGGAAGACCAGGGUCUCACCAAGGACUAUGGCAACUCACCUCUGCAUCGCUUCAAGAAGCCUGGCUCCAAGAACUUCCAGAAUAUCUUCCCACCCUCGGCCACUUUGCAUCUCUCAAACAUCCCGCCCUCAAUAUCUGAGGAAGACCUCAAGAUCCUUUUCUCUAGUAAUGGUGGGGUCGUCAAAGGAUUCAAGUUCUUCCAGAACGACCGCAAGAUGGCCCUGAUCCAGAUGGGCUCUGUGGAGGAGGCUGUUCAGGCCCUCAUCGACCUGCACAACCACGACCUCGGUGAGAACCACCACCUGCGGGUGUCCUUCUCCAAGUCCACCAUCUAGGGGUGCAGAGCCCCCACAGCCAGGCUCCCUGGCGACAACUUCCAUCAUUCCAGAAAAAAGCCACUUUAAAAAGCAGCUGAAGUGACCUUAACAGACCAGAGAUUUUAUUUUUUUAAAGAGAAAAUCAGUUUACCUGUUUUUAAAAAAAUUAAAUCUAGUUCACCUUGCUAACCUUGUGACGGUGACAGCUCAGGCUCUUGGUGACUGCAGCAGGAGUUUACUGCCCUCUCCCCCAUGCCUGGGGCCAGACCAUGGGCUGUGCCUUGUCGGGCGUGUUGGGCAUGGGGCAUACAGGUGGGCAUCCCAGACCACAACUCGGCUUUCUUGUGCCUUAGAAUCCUGCCUUCCUGCGGCUGCACAGCUACCUGUGGUGUUUUGGGGAGCCAGAGGGGGUUGGGACCCACAUUUCAGAUAAAGGCACAGCAGCCCCGCAGGCUCCUGCCCAAUCAUGUGCCUGAGGCUGGCAGGUGCCCUGCACCCAGACACCCCCACCAUUUAAUCAAGUGACGUGAUUCUCCCCCAGCCACCCAGCACCCUCAAGACCCAAGCCAGAGGGCACUGUCCCCUUGCUUCUUCAGCCUUGGAGCUUUUUCAUCAUAAUCUUUGUAUUAUACGUUGAUGCAGUUGCAGACAUCUGUGCCUAGCAAUAUUUCCAGUUGACCAAAUAUUCUAAUCUUUUUUCAUUUAUAUGCAAAAGAAAUAGUUUUAAGUAACUUUUUAUAGCAAGAUGAUACAAUGGUAUGCGUGUAAUCUAAAUUUCUUUCUUGUGGUAUUACCUUGUAUACUGUACUUUUUAUUUUAUUCCUUGUAAUUAAGUCACAGGCAGGAUCCAGUUUCUGGAGCAGGUGGGGGCCCAGGGAGCCCCAGGUCCUUUCUUAGAAAACCCCAAGCUUCAGGGAAGGGGUGCUGGCCCCGCCCCACCUUUGCCUCCUCUGCGCAUAACCUCCAGUUGCCUUAUUCCACGCCUUCACUUGUAAUCCGCCUAGGAAAACAAGCUCUCUAAAACUUUUUCAGGGUUUUUUUUUUUUCCUUCAAAUUUUGGACCAAAGUUUCAUUUGUUUUUUGUCUGCCUCUGAUGCUGGGACCCAGAUGGUGGGACGAAGGUCCUGAGUCUUAACUGUUCUUGCUCCCCUCCAGCCUCUCUGCAAGGAUGUCCUUGGGGGUGGGGGGGUGGGGAGGUUCUCCUUGGAUCUCUGAAUUUCCAUAAAGGAGUGUAACAAGGGUGUAAAUAUUUAUAAUUUUUUAUACCUGUUGUAAGACAUGAGGGGCAGCAACACGCGGUUUUUUAUGGUGACACACAGAUGUAUAUUUUGAUAACAGCAAUCCCAAUUCCAGGCUCAGUAUUGUAACAUGGAGCUAACAGUAACCACAAGCACAUUCCAUUGCCGGUCCCGGAUGGCUUGUAAUGCAGAAAGAACUCAAUUAAAACAAUUUUAUAACAAACUUUUACCUUUUCUGUAGAUCUCUUUAUUGCUGUUCACAUUGUAGAAGGCCAUUGGCCAGUUCUGUACUUGGAUUUUGAAUAAAUUUCUUCUAUAUCCGUG